UCCUUCCUAGGCCGUUCAGCGAAGCAAUCGAUCUUUCUUUUGCCGGAAACUUCGAUCCGAAGGUCAUAGCCAGAAUGUCAGCUCCCACACAAGAAAAGCCCGACAUCUCUUACACGGAGGAAUCGACCACCGGAAAAUUCGCUCGGAAAUGGAAAGAUAACCCCCUCAUGGUGGUUGGUCUGGGAGGCUGCCUCCUGGUGGCCAUCGUAGGCGCGUACCGGUACAAGCACCGCGGCAAGCUGUCCACCUCCAACUACCUGAUGCAGCUGAGGGUCACCGCCCAGGGCACGGCCAUAGGCUGCCUCACGAUAGGAGUCCUCAAGUCCAUCUACGACCAGCUGCAGAAGAAGAAGAAGGCGCCGGCAGAGUGAACGUCGGGACCUCUCUCCCCGUUUGACUUUAGUACAUUACAAAAAUAUUUUAAUUCUCACAUAAUCGAAACUGUAUACGUUUGUAGGGAUACUAUGGCCCGAUCGAUCUGUGGCGUUGAUCGCUGCAGAACUGCUCCAGUGUGGAGUAAGGGAAAUAUGUCCUUCGCAAUCGAAAGUAUCCACCCUACGUCGACGAAAUUUUUAGGAUUUUUGUAGAAAAUACUAUUCAUAAAGUACUUGGUGCACUCUCCUGUUUUUUAUUUUUUAAUUUUUUUUGUUGGGUAUUUUAUUUUGCACUGUUAAAGGGACUCAUUUUGUUUUUUGCAUCGAAAUAGCUGCUUGAAAAAAAAUUCGAUUCCGAGUCACAACUGACUACAACUGUAUUUAUGUCGAGGACUGCAUACUAAGUGCCUUGCCUCCAUUAUUUUUUAUACCGGUAGAUGGCAGCACCGUCACCGGAUCGAACAGUUAAUGAGAAUUUAGAACUAGACCAGGAGCGAAUAGCUACCUGGUGCUAUCACCCCGAGAGGUAUCGUUUCACUUGGAGGACAUUGAGACCACGAGCAUAUUUAUCGUCGCCCAGUCCCCUUUAAUGACGACGGUAGAUCUUCGGACCAUCGAGGUUCGAACUCAGGACCCUCCGGCCCCGAAUCUACCACGGCCCCUUGAAAAAAAAUUUUCGGACAUCGGAGCCUCAAUGGCCGAGAGAUCAAACGCGCCUGCUACCUGCUUGCCGUAGGACUGCCCCUUGAUGUAUUUUUUUUUCUCUUUGGUGAUGUAAAUCUUUCAGGAGGUUGUUCAGAGGCAAGGUGCUAUGUUCGCAGUUAUCUGCACGUGAAGCUAAUUUGCUUCUUGUGAUUGCAUUGUGUCAGUUUAUUUGUGUAGUCAAUUACUAGGUGGCGCUAGUGUAACGUUCUACUGAAAAAUACUGAUUUCAACGGUGUCAUUUAGGAAAUAGCUUUCUAAUUACAUUCCUAUUACGAAGUUUUACCUGAAAAUUAAGCAGCUAGUGUGAUGCUGUACAUUUGGUGAGAAGAAUCACUAGACAGCGACUUUUUAGAUUGUACCACCUAAAGUAUGGCAAAAGUCGACGUUUGUGAGUGGUUCGUAACCCUUACUCCAUAAUUGAAACCACUGAUCUGUUUUUUUUUUUUUUUUUUCAACUGCAGUAUGGUGGAAUGAAAUGGCUCAUUUUGACAAUUAAGUCGCACUGCGAUCUUAAAUCUAACAGUUGGCCAAGCACUUAAUUUCUAAAGACUAGCAAAGCAAUAUAUUUUGGAUCAAAGUUUUUAGGGGGGAAAAACAUACUUUAAUUUAGUUGGUUUUCUGUUAGUUGUAUAAAUUUUCUUUUUGUGUUUGACUUAAAAAGUUGUAAGUAUUUAAAAAAACAGACCAUUUGGAAAAAAAAAAAAAAAAAAACCUUUGUUCUGUAAAAGUUCCGACAGUAAUGUUCCUAGCGUUUGUAUUUGAUUUUUACCAAACAAUGAGAUUGUAGAUUUUAAUUUCUAGAAAAAAAUAACUUGUAAUUGUUGAAGUUGCUUAAGAAUAUUUUGAAGGAAGUUUCUUAACGUAGCUUUUUUUUAAAUAGCUUAUUUUGCAAUUCAAAUCAGGACACAAUGUUAUUUUCGUUUGUAAUGAAAAAAUGUAUAUUUUUCGCAUGAAAUGUUGUAGCUUUACGUUGAACAAUCUGUACCUGAAUCUGUAAAUAUCAGAAUUUUUGAUGUUGCAAAUGAUGUAGAAUUUUAAAAUAAAAACAAA